CAACAUGAUUCAAUUCUUAGGGGCAGGUGUUUUCCGGGUGUGAAAGGAAUCUCUCUUAUUGUUCCAUCCGGUUGGCAACUGUUUUAUAAGUUUUCAUUUUCAUAAUCAUAAUCAUAGCAUAUAUGAGUAUAUAUAUCUCUCAAAGAUAAGAUAGGAACUAGCUAUAUUAUAUAGUUUAAUUAGUUACAUGAUAGGUAUUAGGUAGGUAGGGUAUGGAAGAAGAAGAUAGGGAAUAUUGUUGUUCGAUGAAUUCAAGAACAACCAAUAGCCCUAUAGCUAUAGAUCAUAAAAAUAACAAUAACAAUAAGGGGAUGAAAAAAGAGAAAAAAGCUAUGAAACCAUAUAGAGGAAUAAGGAUGAGAAAGUGGGGUAAGUGGGUGGCAGAGAUUAGAGAACCAAACAAAAGAUCAAGAAUUUGGUUAGGUUCUUACAUAACACCUAUUGCUGCUGCACGUGCUUAUGAUACUGCUGUGUUUUAUCUUAGAGGUCCUUCUGCAAACCUUAAUUUUCCUGAAUUGUUGUUCAAAGAUCAACAAGAAGAUGAAGAAAAUCUACAACAACAUGGGAAUAUGUCGGCUGAUUCAAUAAGGAAAAAAGCUGCACAAGUUGGUGCUAGAGUUGAUGCUAUUGAAACUAAUUCUCUAAUUAAUCAUCAUCAUCAUCAUCAUGUUUCUUCCAAUAAUCAUGUUCACUCCAAUUCUACUUCUUCUCUCAAACCUGACUUGAAUGAGUUUCCAAAACCUGAAGAUUGUUGAUCGUGCAUGGUAUUAUAUUUGUUACAACAAUUUGCAACAUAUCAAGAAUAUGUUAGAGACCCCUCAAAAAAAAUAUCAAGAUGUUAAUUGCAGCAGCAACAAUCAUAUAUAUCUCCAUGUAAUAUCACUAUUGUAAGUGUUUGAUACAAUUUUAAGAAUAUUGAUAUUGAUUUAAUAUCAAUAUAUACUUAUUUUUAUUUAUAUAUAUAUAUAUAUAUAUAUCAUGUAUAUAAUAAAGCUUUGUAUACAUGAUACCAUGGGAGGUUUGGAACCUAACUCCUUCCCGUUAAUUAAUCUGUCUUUUUUUUUUCUCUUCAUGUUGAAUAUCUUUACUAAUAAUUUCAUGUUAUUCUAGCA